AGGGCAAGAGCUGCCACCACCACCCAGGACCUCGCCAGCAUCUGCCUUGUGAUUGCAUUCCAGCCAUGCAUGCCCACCCCAAGGAGAUGGUGCCCCUAGUGGGCAGGAGGACCACUGGCCCCACUGGAAACCCUGUUGUCCUGACAGAGAAGAGACCGGCAGAAGUCACCCCCACCAAGAAGAGUGCACACUUCUUCCUGGAAAUAGAAGGGUUUGAGCCCAACCCCACUGUUACCAAGACCUCUCCCCCCAUCUUCUCCAAACCCAUGGACUCCAACAUCCGGCAGUGCAUCUCUGGCAACUGUGAUGACAUGGACUCUCCCCAGUCUCCACAGGAUGAUGUGACAGAGACCCCAUCCAAUCCCAACAGUCCAAGCGCAAACCUGGCUAAGGAAGAGCAGAGGUGGAAGAAGAAGCGGCUGAAGAAGCUCAUCUUUGCAGCGGUGUCUGAGGGCUGCGUGGAGGAGCUGGUGGAGCUGCUGGCGGAGCUGCAGGAGCUUUGCAAGAGGCGCCGCGGUGGCAUGGAUGUGCCCGACUUCCUCAUGCACAAGCUGACGGCCUCGGACACGGGGAAGACCUGCCUGAUGAAGGCCUUGUUAAACAUCAACCCCAACACCAAGGAGAUCGUGCGGAUCCUGCUGGCCUUCGCCGAGGAGAACGACAUCCUGGACAGGUUCAUCAACGCCGAGUACACUGAGGAGGCCUAUGAAGGGCAGACUGCGCUGAACAUCGCCAUCGAGCGGCGCCAGGGAGACAUCACCGCGGUGCUCAUCGCGGCGGGCGCCGACGUCAACGCCCAUGCCAAGGGGGUCUUCUUCAACCCCAAGUACCAGCACGAAGGCUUCUACUUCGGUGAGACGCCCCUGGCCCUGGCGGCAUGCACCAACCAGCCCGAGAUUGUGCAGCUGCUGAUGGAGAAUGAGCAGACAGACAUCGCCUCGCAGGACUCUCAGGGAAACAACAUCCUACAUGCACUGGUGACGGUAGCUGAGGACUUCAAGACCCAGAAUGACUUUGUUAAGCGCAUGUACGACAUGAUCCUGUUGAGGAGCGGCACCUGGGAGCUGGAGACCACCCGCAACAACGACGGCCUUACGCCACUGCAGCUGGCCGCCAAGAUGGGCAAGGCCGAGAUCCUGAAGUACAUCCUCAGUCGUGAAAUCAAGGAGAAGCCACUCCGGAGACUGUCAAGGAAGUUUACUGACUGGGCGUAUGGCCCUGUGUCGUCCUCACUGUAUGACCUCACCAACGUGGACACCACAACAGACAAUUCUGUGCUGGAGAUAAUCGUUUACAACACCAACAUCGAUAAUCGGCAUGAGAUGCUGACUCUGGAGGCCCUGCACACACUGUUGCACGUGAAGUGGAAGAAAUUUGCCAAGUACAUGUUCUUCCUGUCCUUCUGUUUUUAUUUCUUCUACAACAACACCCCAACUCUCGUCUCUUACUACCGUCCUCGGGAGGAGGAG